UUCACCUCCCAAACUGCAUCUCCAAAAGCUCCAAGAGCAAAAAGAUCAAUAUAGUGAUAUUGCCCACUUCUAUUAUUUUCGGAGUUCUUGGAAUAGCUCUUGUUCUAACUUUUAUAUAUGUUUGUUGGUUGAAGAAGAAAGUAAAUGAACCGGUUUCAAGUUCGAUGAAUGAUUCACAUUCGAACGUAUCUUACGGAACACUCUUGAAAGUAACCGAAGGUUUUUCUUUAACAAAUUUGAUCGGUAUUGGAAGCUUUGGUUCUGUUUACAGGGGGAUACUUGGGGACAAUGGAACUAGUAUUUCCGUGAAGGUGCUUCAUUUGGUCCGUCACGGUGCUCUGAAGAGCUUCAUAGUCGAGUGCGAGGCAUUAAAGAACAUCAAACAUCGCAAUCUUUUGAAGAUACUAACAGUUUGCUCAGGUAGUGAUUAUCAAGGAAAUGAUUUUAAGGCCUUGGUCUGUGAAUUCAUGGACAAUGGAAGCUUGGAACGAUGGCUCCAACCAAACGCAACAUCAUAUCAUCAAAAUGAGCUCCCGAAAAAGUUGAAUUUCAUUCAGAGGAUAAAUAUUGCUAUUGAUGUUGCUUCUGCAUUGGAUUAUCUUCAUCACUAGUGCCACGUCCCCAUUGUUCAUUGUGAUAUAAAGCCAAGCAAUAUCCUCUUAGAUGCUGAGAUGGUUGCACAUGUUGGCGACUUUGGAUUGGCGAAAUUCCUUCCUGGAUCAUCCCCUGACAGCAUUGCAAAUCCGAUGAGCUCAAUAGGUUUUAGAGGGACAAUUGGUUAUGCUCCACCAGAAUAUGUAAUGGGAUGCGAGGUUUCAAGAGAAGGUGACGUCUAUAGUUACGGCAUUCUCUUACUAGAAUUGUUCACAGGGUUGAAUCCCACCAAUGACAUAUUCAGAGACAAUUUCACUCUUCAUAAUUUUGUCGCGGAAGCAUUGCCUGAACGAAUGCUCGAAAUUACGGACAAAUUUCUGCUUCAAGAAAGAGAAAGCAAUUUAGGCCCCUAUAGUUCUUGGCAUCAGCUUUCCCAAAGUGAAGACAUAUUUCAAGAGUGUUUGAUUAUGGUGUUCAAAAUUGGAGUUGCUUGUUCAUAUGAAGUGCCUGGAAGUCGGAUGAGCAUCAGCCGAGUUGCAGAUCAGCUUCAUCAUAUUAGGGAGAAGCUCUUUAAAUUGGCUUUAGAUGGACAAGAUGGACUACCAACAGCUUAUAUAUAGUUGUUAUCGUUUAGUGUCGUUUGUGCAAAUGGAAGC